CGUGUGACGCCAGGGACGACGGCCAAUGGGGAGCUGCCACACGGCAGAUCCGGCUGGGGGAGGGACUUCCGGCCGUGCGGGCCCCCGGCGCCUGUUCAGCCCCGCCGCCGCCGAGGAGGGAGCGCCCGCCAUGUCCGCGCCCCGGCCCCGGCCGCUGCCCGCCGCGCUGCUCCCGCUGCUCCUCCUCGCCCUGGCGGUGCGGCCCGCGCGCGCCUCCGACGUGGUGGAGCUCAGCGAUGCCGACUUCGAGAGCGGCCUGGCCGAGCGCCCGGGGCUGGUGCUCGUGGAGUUCUUCGCGCCCUGGUGCGGGCACUGUAAGCGGCUGGCGCCCGAGUACGAGUCGGCAGCGACGAGGCUGAAGGGGGUCGUUCCCCUCGUGAAGGUUGACUGCACAGCAAACUCCAACACCUGUAACAAGUAUGGAGUCAGUGGCUAUCCCACUCUGAAGAUUUUUCGAGACGGUGAAGAGGCAGGAACCUAUGAUGGGCCCAGGACAGCAGAUGGGAUAGUCAGUCACCUCAAGAAACAGGCGGGACCUGCUUCAGUGGCUCUCAGUUCUAUGGCUGACUUCGAGAAGUUCAUCGGUGAUAAAGAUGCUUCUGUAGUGGGCUUCUUUGGAGAUGCAUCUGGUGAUGCUUAUUCAGAAUUCAUGAAAGCUGCCAACAACCUAAGAGAUAACUAUCGCUUUGCACACACCAGUGAGGAAGAAUUGGUGCAGAAAUAUGAGGAAGAUGGAGAGGGUAUAGUCUUAUUCCGUCCUCCACGCCUGACAAACAAGUUCGAGGACAGCUCUGUGAAAUACCCAGAAGACAAAAUCACCAGUGGAAAAAUCAAGAAGUUCAUCCAGGAGAACGUCUUUGGCAUCUGUCCACACAUGACUGAAGACAACAAAGACUUGAUCCAGGGGAAGGACCUGUUGGUGGCAUACUACGAUGUGGACUAUGAGAAGAAUGCAAAGGGUUCCAACUACUGGCGCAACAGAGUUAUGAUGGUUGCAAAGAAGUUCUUGGAUGCGGGCCACCAGCUGUCUUUUGCUGUUGCUAGUCGGAAAACCUUUGGCCAUGAGCUUUCAGAGUUUGGUCUAGACAGCAGCACGGGUGAGGCUCCUGUUGUUGCCAUCAGAACAGCCAAAGGAGAGAAAUACGUCAUGCAGGAGGAAUUUUCCCGUGAUGGAAAGGCUUUGGAGAGAUUCUUGCAAGAUUACUUUGAUGGAAACCUGAAGAAAUACCUGAAAUCAGAGCCUAUCCCUGAAAGCAAUGAUGGACCUGUGAAGGUGGUGGUCGCCGAGAACUUUGAUGAAAUUGUUAAUGCGGAAGACAAAGAUGUCCUGAUAGAAUUUUAUGCACCCUGGUGUGGCCACUGCAAGAAUCUGGAGCCCAAAUACAAAGAACUGGGGGAGAAGCUCAGCAAAGACCCCAACAUUGUCAUUGCCAAAAUGGAUGCUACAGCCAAUGAUGUGCCUUCUCCAUAUGAAGUUAGAGGUUUCCCCACCAUCUACUUUGCUCCAGCUGGCAGCAAACAGAGUCCAAAGAAGUAUGAGGGUGGCAGAGAAGUGAGUGACUUCAUUAGCUACUUGAAGCGGGAGGCAACCAAUACCCCUGUGCUGCAGGAGGAAGAUAAAACCAAGAAAUCCAAGAAGAAGGCAAAGGAGGAUUUGUAAAGUACCCACUCACCAUCUUGUCAGGAUGAGCUCUGUGUGAAUUGGGGGAGCACUGGGCAGCCUGGGGUUGAAUCUGGGUUGUGGAAAGCCAGUGACCAAUGCCAUGUGGGCUGAAGGGACCCAGCUGCUGUAUCUAGUUCUGUUUAAUUCCCUGCUGUCUCUUAGCUGCACUGUUGUGGGGCUCCCCAGACUGGUUUGUUUUGUGGUUUGGGAGGGGGUGGGGGGCAGGGUUAUUUUCUAAUUUUUUUUGUACAUUUGGAGAAGUGAAACAAUAAAAUGACCCCCUUAAACCCAA